AUGACAGUUAAGGGUUCUGUGAAAAUGGACAGUGUAAGUAAUAGCUCUGAUGGUCAGGAGAAGCAGCAAUCCAGUUCGUUCCGCAAUAAGAUCUCCACUAUGUUUACACGUGGGGACAAGCCUGAGCCUCAGAGGCUAGCGGGAGAGACUGCGGUGCUGAUGGCUUUCAGAACCCUAUCUGAAGAUAACUAUAUCACAGGGGUCCAUGAUCAAAGUGCUCUGGAUGUUAUCAGUGACGACAGACUUAGAGUGGGGGGAGAUGUGAGGGGUAGGGGUGAGGUUCUUCAUAAUGGAGAGGCCACCUUCCUUGAUACGGAGGACAGGAUUGAAUCAUGGGAGAAUGAGUCCAGUAGGAAGAGUAGCUCUGUGACCUCUCCUCCUAACCCAGGCCAAGUGUCCACGGCCGACCCAGAUCUGGUCCAGGUCACUAUGGUGGAGAUCUGCAGCGACACAGAGAUGGAAGAUGAGGAGGGGAUCAGCAGUCUCAGCCAAUCAGACAAGCAUGCCACCCCUGGAAUGUCCCUCCCACCUGACGAUGACCAGUGGACAGUGGGCGAUGAUAACAAGGGUCAGCUGACACCAGCUGGCCCAGUGAGAGGUACCAUUGAUACAGACUUAGAGCUGCCUGUGUUAAAGCCACAAAGUAUUGUGGAAAGAUCCCUCAAAGACACCUCUGUUCUGUACUCUGCAAGGUUUAUGGGCAGAUCUCACAGCGGGACAGAUCUUGGUCUCUUCUCCUCUGUCUCCAAACCACAAGUGCCUGGAGACAGCUGCAGCACGUACCUCUCCACUGAUCCCAGGCCUGUGGAGGUGGGUGUGGAUGCAGAAGCCAUGGGUGCAGAGGGGUCCAGCCAUUAUCACCACAAAGUAGCCAAAGGCUUCAGCAUCAGCCGGGAGUUAUUGGGCCUUACUGACGUGUGUGCUGGAAACUCUGCAGUGGCUUCACCUCUUAACCUGUCUUUGACCUCUGAACCCCAGAUAUCAGAGGCAGCAGCAGACGACACUGCCUUGCCGUCAGGACAGCCAGAGGACCAAGAUACUGGACAGUGGAAGGAGAUAUUGUCGGAAAACACUAGAACUGAGGAGUGUAGAGAGCAUGUUCCUUGCCUCGACUCCCCUUCCACCCUCUCUGAUUCCAGGCCACCUGAAGCAGCAGAGCCAUCUUCCCCCAGCCUGGAGGAGCAGCCUGACACGCCUGUUCCUGGAAAGUCCCCAGUUGACAGUCAGCCAAGUGCCAUUCCUGUCUCUGUCUCGCCCAGGGGCCAAGGCGACAUGCCUGCCACUAGGAGGCCCGAGACAGACCCGCCAUCCACCACAUUGUCUCCCUCCAGGGGCACAGUUUCCUCCCAGGCCCCCUCAUUCCAAAUUCCUGCCCUGUUCAGCGGGCUGCGGGUUCUGAAGAAGGGGGCUGUGGGGGAGGAGAGGGAGACAGUGUCUGAGAUCAAACAGAGAGACACUGACCUGGCCCUGCUGAGCCUGAAGAAGAGCAUCAACAAAACCAAGAACCUCCCUGAGCAGAUCACCUUCAGUAGCAGCACCCCCAAGAAACGACCCGAGCCCAAACCUGUGUCUGAGACCAAGAGUAAUCUCUUGGGGCAGAUCAGCCAGCUGUUCAACCUAGACGGGACCAAGGCCGAGGACAAGCCGGACCCACUGCUAGAGCUCAGAGACAGGGAGCCGGAGAAGAGGGAGGAGGGGGUGACAGACAACGGUCUAGAGGACAUCCCUAUCACCCCACCAGCAGACAGCAGGAAAGCUUCAGACACAGCGCUUGACACCUUCAAGAAUCUCUUCAGCUCCAAACCGGCUAAAAAGGAUACAGAAGAGGAUGUGGAUUUAGAGGCUGUCAAGAAAAAAUACAAAAGUGAGAAAGAGCUGCUAAAAUCCAUCUUUGAGAGAACCUCCAAGUCUCCUAGCAGCAGUGAGCAAAAAGGUCCAGCAGAGUCUAAAGUAUGUACUGUUUGUGUCUAACUCAAAGCUGUAUUCCUUCUCUAUGUUGUAUUUUAUAGAUCACUAUUCAUUGUUGUUUUUUCUCUCAGAUCACCAAGGUUUUGACAUUUAUGAAUGUAAAGCUAUUUGAAGUGUAUGUUGUGUUUUCUUGGGCAUAUGCAAUGCAGACAGGACAAAACCACUAUGUUUGUAACUUUAAAGUGACAUCUCAUAGGGUAUUAGCUUUGGGGAUAGUCUUGAUUUGAGAUGGUCUCAUGUCUUAUCACGUGUUGACUUCUCAGUCAGAUUGGCCACCGACUGUACUGUAAACCUUAGGGAGUGUGUACAGUUUCUAUGUAUGUUCUGUGUUAACUGAGGUAUCAUCUGCUGUCUUUCCUCCCAGUCUGAGGUCACCUCCCCUGCAGACAGUGAGGACCGGACCCCCGGGCGGCUCCAAGCCAUCUGGCCCCCGCCCAAGCCCAAGGAUGAGGAGGAGAAGGUGGGGCUCAGGUACACCGAGGCAGGUAAGGACGUGCUCCAUACUGGAGCUCUCCACUUACUCUACACCGCUUCUGCAGUAUCAUACAAUCUCCUGUUGAGAAACACCUGUAUGCUGUUAUCUGUCUUACAAUAAGAUAGACUUGAUACAAAUCUACUGAUCAUGAGUGCCUCCACCCUGUUUUAUCUGGGGCAGGCGCUCUCCUUACUUACCCUGACUGGUUAAUCUAAUUGAGAGGUGACACAAACAAGUAGUGCAGCCCUGCUGGUAUAUUUACAGCCAGCUGAGCCCAGUGGCAGGGUGUAAGAAAACCCUUUAAAUCCAUUUAAAGCAGGAACGCACUGAAACCUUCCCUCCACAGUAAUGCUGCUGUCUUUUGAGAUGUCUGCUAGCAUCACAGUGUAUAGUGGAGCUUUGGGAGGUAGUUUGGAGAUAGGCUGGGGCUGGACAGCCUGCCACUCUCUCAGCCUGGCUAUGCUUUCUCUGUCUCUCUGUCUCUCUGUCUCUCUGUCUCUCUGUCUCUCUCUCUCUCUCUCUCUCUCUCUCUCUCUCUCUCUCUCUCUCUCUCUCUCUCUCUCUCUCUCUCUCUCUCUCUCUCUCUCUCUCUCUCUCUCUCUCUCUCUCUCUCUGAAGAAGAAUACUCACACAAAUAGGGUAAAGGCCCACAUGACUCUAAAUAGGCUGAUCCAAUUACAUUACAGGGAGAUGUUAAUUUCUCUUAAUGUGUUGGAUGCAGAGACAUUGUGCAGCCUAGAACCUGUUGUACUGGAGCAGAGACCGUAUGUGGCAGGUAUAUCAGGCCAUCUCACAGCUCAUGGACUUUGGAAGGCUGAGCAAAGGUCCAAGCUGAUAGGUGGCUAGAUUAAAACAACAAAGAGCAUGCUUAUGUGUGUGCGCACAUCCAUUUACUGUAGGCACACACUCAUGCUGUUCCACACAGCACACACACAGCAACACACACCAUUUACCAUGAGCCGUUAGCCUUCCAUUAACUCUUGUGCUUUUACUCUCUCAGAAUACUAGCCUUGAAACAGCAUAAUUAUUGGUUUGUUCUCAAAGAGGAUAACACAAAUUGCUUGAAGACUUUAAACCACCAGACAGCAUACUGUAAUAUCCCCUUUGCAGCAGAUUGUUUAUCUCUAAUAGCUUUACUGCUGAGGUAUCUAACUUGUUCAUACUUCCAGAAGCUAUUUAUAUGGUUCACUGCACAAUUAUUAUUGUCAGAUGUUACUAUUGCCUUACAACACAGAAUGAUGUCCUUCAUUGUUCUUCAGGCGGUCCGUCGAGACAAAGGCAUGACUCUGUCGUCCCUCAGCAGCAGCCUAGCAUAACAUGGAGGAGGAGAGGAUCAUGUUUCCCUGCCAUAUUACUUAUCCCUGCAAUCACAUGUUAAUCUUGUGUUUGUUUCAGUAUUUUACUAAUUAAUGUAUGAUGAAAGAGUGAAUGGUCCCAUGAAUGUCCUGUAAAGUUGGUUGCUAUUGAAAAUGUAAUCUCUUGUGUACAUUGAAAUUAUCCUUCCAACUAAUGUGACAUUUGUGAUGGUUUAUGCUGUGUAAUUGUAUUUAUGUAUAAAUAUUAAUGACAUUAUCAUGUGUUCUAGCUAUAGCAAGUGGAUGUCUCUUUUCCCUUCCAGAGCACCAGGCUGCCCUCUUGCAGCUGAAGAGAGAAUUCAAAGAGGAGGUGGAGAAAUUACAUGUAAGUUAACCUCCUUGUUUUAAACAGUUCACUACAUAUCAUUCUUACUGAUUUCAGUGCUGCGGUUUGUUUCAACCAAAUGCAGUCGCCUCACCAUGUCGGCGGGUGGCUUAGUGGUUAAGAGCGUUGUGCCAGUUACCGAAAGGUCGCUGGUUCUAAUCCCCGAGCCGACUAGGUUAAAACAUCUGUCGAUGUGCCAUUGAGCAAGGCACUUAACACUAAUUGCUCCUGUAAGUCGCUCUGGAUAAGAGCGUCUGCUAAAUGACUAAAAUGUAAAAUGUAAAAUGUAAUGUCCUACUGUCCGCAUGUAAUAAGAAAGUAACUGAUAGUUAAUGAACCCAGGACACUGCAGUUUUCUUCAGAGACACUAGAUGUCGCCAAUCAACCACAGAAGCAAAGCAAACUAUCGUCUAUAGUGACUGGACUUUCCAUGCUUGAUGUCUGAGCUUGUCUCAAUGGCCCAUAGUUACACACCUCUCUUCAUCACCAUAGUAAAUAGACAGCCUUGCGUUUCUAUCUAAACAUAUUAUUGGCCUUAAGUGGGUCUGGUGUCGUUUUUUUUUACUCCUUCAAAUGGUCAUUUCAACCAAAGCAUCUCAUUAAUUGACUCACACUUCUGUGGCAUAACACUGUUGUCAGGCACAAGGUUAAAUGUGACAUCCCAGUCACAUUUGAUAUGAGGUCAGCAUUGAGAGAGGAAGCUGUGAUGUCAUGAUGUGUUCCAGAUGUGAAGCUCCUGCCAGUUCCUCAUAUGAAAUAAGAUCACCAUUUAGAACAUGGAUGCACCCAGAGAUCUCAUUUAUUGACCUGUCUCUUUCCAACUGGAAAUGUCUCCAUUAUUUCUUGUAUGAUCUAGUUUUGAGUUCACCCUAUGAACUCAGCAGAUUCCACUCUGUUGCUGAAGCACUAUAAUGCAUUGUUUGUUCAACUGUGCCACCAGUGCCAAGGUGAUGCAAUUGAAAGCAGUAUUUGAAAUUGUUUCUCACAGGUCUCAGUGGAGUAGUCACAUUGAUUUGUUAAGAGCAGCCUGAGCUGAGUAAGAGGACAAGAUCAUAGAGCAGACUGUUAACCUUAUUUAUGGAACAAUUUCUCUGAACAACAACCUUACUUGAGCAAAUUGUCUCUGGAAAGUGUGUCUGAAAAUUACAAUUAUUAAAGCAGUGCUGAUUCAGCAGAUAUAGAUGACUUCCUCUGCCUGUAGAGGUCUUCCUCUGCGUGUUACCCUGCCGUUUGUCUCUGAUCCCUUGCAUCAGGCCAUCAUAUUGACACUCAUAAAUAUGUAGUUAAACCAUGAGAAAGGAUAGGAACGUGCCUAAUUCAUUUUCCUAGCUGACCCCCAUGCUAACAAGGAACGUGUCAGAUACAUUGCAAAAUGGUUUCCUUUUCACUUUUCCUCAAGUUUGGCUGGAUUGUGUUGAUGUUUGAAACGUCGAAUAAACAUCCAGCUUAUUAGCUCUUCAUUAUGUUGUCAGUUAUUGUACUUUUCUGUUGGGGAUGAAAGAUCGGAAUGAAAAUUAGUGGGCAUGAUGUUAGAAAUCACUUAAUUUCAUUUAAUGAAGGUAAUGAUGGCCAUUUUCUCUCACAUGCUCUCAUUGAGUCACCCAGGGGUCUUUGUGGAGCCCCACAUUAGGUGAUUCUGUUUCAUAUGGCUGAGUGGGAUGUUUCUGACUGAUCUCUGUACUCCUGCUCCACACAGACGGACUUUGAGAUCCAGAUGUUCCAGGUGCGAGGGGAGCAUGCUGUGUCAGUGUCCCGACUGGAGGGAGUCAUCGGCAAGAUGCAGACAGACCGUCACCAGGCCUUUAGCCUGGGCCUUGAGAGGGGCGAGCUCCGUGAGGCCUGCGUGUCCACUGAGGACGACCUGACCCCCAAAACUUUCCGUAACGUCUGCAUCCAGACAGACAGGGAGACCUUCCUCAGGACCCCCGAGGGCGAGGACGAGGCCAGCCGGCCCGGUCUCAACCCCAGCCAGAAUGGGCCUAAGAAACUCAACCUGGACUCCAUCAACCUGAGUCUGCAUGGAGGAGCCUCAGGACUGCCUGGCCCACCUCCUCCUCCUCCUCCUCCCCCCUCCUCCCCUCCCUGGCCAAACAAGACUGCUUCCACCUCCUCCUCCUCCCCCGUUUCCUGGCAACAUGGGACCACCUCCUCCACCCCCCCUCCCAGGUUUUGGUCCCCCACCUCCCCCUCCCCCUCCUCCUGGGUUACCUGGAGUUGGCCCUCCCCCUCCUCCCCCUCCACCUGGGUGCGGCCCACCCCCUCCCCCUGGGGGAGGCUUUGGGUUUGGGUUCGGCCAGGCAGCAGAGAAGGCCCCAAGGAAGCCUGCGUUGGAACCUGCCACUCCCAUGAAGCCUCUAUACUGGACCAGGAUACAGAUCCAGAACAAUAA